ACUGGCAAAUGUAAAAUUUGUUGGCCGGUGAUCAUCUCAGAGUACGGACGUGUGUGAAUUGAUUCUAGCAAGUUUAACCGCUAAUUUUUACCGGCCAAACUUGCAGCCUUAGUGAAAAUUAUUUGUUAGUUUCCAUUCAACGCGAGGAUUGUUUUUAUUCAUGAACACUGAUCAAGGACUUAUUGCACAAAUUUCCGAAAUGGAUUUAAUGUGUGCAGAGUCGGAAGCCCCUAGACGGGCGUACGAGGAUCCAGUGUUAAUUCAAGACAAUAGAGUUUUACAGAAUCUUUUAGCUCUAGAAGACAGAUAUCAACCGAACCCUGCUUAUUUCAAAUGUGUUCAGACAGACAUUAAACGUUAUAUGAGAAAAAUGGUUGCACAAUGGAUGUUAGAGGUAUGCGAUGAACAGAGAUGCGAAGAGGAAGUGUUUUCGUUAGCAAUGAAUUAUUUGGAUAGAUUUCUUAGUGUUUGUGAUACUCCACGGACUAGACUACAACUUUUGGGUGCAGCGUGCAUGUUUAUUGCUUCAAAAUUAAAAGAGACAUGUCCAGUUUCAGCGGAAAAACUUGUGAUAUACACGGACCAUUCAAUAACUUUAUCAAUGUUAAUGGACAUGGAAUCAUUAUUGUUAAGCAAGUUAAAAUGGGACCUAUCAGCAGUUACACCACAAGACUUUUUAGAGCAAAUUUUGAGUAGAUUAGCAUUAGAAAAAGAACAAACAGAGGUGAUUAAAAAACAUGCACAGACUUUUGUGGCACUAUGCGCAACAGAUUGUAAAUUUAUGAUGUACCCUCCCUCAAUGAUUGCGGCUGGAAGUGUGGGGGCAGCAGUUCAUGGUUUGAGUAAUGUUCCUCACUUAGAUGUUAAAUUGUUGCAACGUUUACAUCAAAUCACUGGUAUCGAAAUGGACUGUCUUCGUGGCUGCCAAGAACAAAUUGAACAAACAUUAGCAGUAAAUUUAUCGUCAAUGGCAACGACAGUUGAACAGACAACGAAAAUGGAACAUACGCCGUCACAUCAUUCAAAUUCCCAACACGAACAUUUAAAAGAACAACCAACGACACCCACAGACGUUCAAGAUAUUCACUUUUAGCUACGUGUGAACAAAAUACAGAUAGAAAAAAAUAUAUACGACAGUUAAAAUGUUAUUUUUAUUAAAAAAAAUAGUUCAGAUAUAAUUGCAGAAUGCAUUUAAUAUUUUUUAUUGUUAAAAAAUUGUUAAACAGCAAAAAAAAAAUUGAUUUGUUUCUAUUUUUAUAUUGUUUAAGUUAUAUGUUCCUAUGUUUUUUACUCAAAAAAAUUUGUACUGCCCACCGAACUACAUUUCUAAAGCUUAUUAUAUGUAAACGUUAUAUUAUAUAUACAAGAAAUUGAGUGAAUUAAGUGCCUUAGAGAUAUUUGUUAAGGUUUUUUUAUUAUGGGGACCAAAUUACUGCCAGAUCAUUCCAUGUUAUUUUCAACAUACAUACAUUUUGUUAGAAAAAAAAGUUCACAAAUAAGCUCAAGCUCUAAUAAUAUUAAUUUAUGAAUUCAUUCAAAUCAUUCUUAGAAAGUCAAUCAUCAUUAUAAAUUUAGUUUAGUUCAUCACAAAAAGAGCAUAAUUUUAAUCUCAAUUUCAGAAAGAUCUGCUAACAUGUGGUUAGAAUCUCAAAAUGACUUAUCUCCAUAUAAAGUAGUGGCCAUCAACCUUUAAAAACGUUAACUAUCUGACAGAGUAAAUCUAUUUUUAGAAUAAAUUUCAUUUUUCAGUCUUGAAAACACUUGUCAAGAGUAAAAUUGCAUAGCAAACCUAUACAAUUGAUGCAUUCUUUUAAUAAUUUGGGAAUAGUACCUAAUUAUUGUGUUAAAAAAUUUAAUUCUUUUAAAGGUUGGUUCUCAAUAUUUCAAUUCGAUCGUCACUGAGUUUAAAGGUUGAUGCCCAGCUUGUACACUUUAAUUUAUAUCACACAAAAAACGUUUGUAUCACAUAGACAAGGCGUAUUGUAGCAGAACUGUGCAUUGAAUGUUUUAUAUAGAAGUGUAAAGAUUAAUUUAGAACUACAACGCAGAUUGGAGAAAUAAUAUAUUUUGUAUAUAUUGUUAAAAAAUCAAUUUACUACAUGUAUAUGUUAACCAAAAAAAAACUACAAAAGCGUGUAUAAAUAGUCACAUGACAAAAUAGGUAAAAAAAUAUUAAAAAACAAGCUUUUUUGGGGGUUCCAACAGAUGGAAAGGGUAAAAAAAAGCAUCAUUUCAUGAUGUAAUAUUUUUCAUUUGAGAAUAUAUGACGUAAUAAUCGGGUAUCCUCAAGAAUUCGAAGAUCAUAUUAUAUUGUCAUUGGAACGGUGUCGUGUAUAUUGUGUCAUUUUUUUACAUGUAUUUGCAUUGUUACACAAAUGUAAAUGUGUUUCGCCCAUGCAUCAAAAUAUGCCUUAAAUUUGCAUAUUAUCCUCUUCAAAUGUGAUAUUUUUUUAUAUUUUCAUAUAUUUUUUUUUUCCCAUCAAUAUUUCACUUGUAAGUAACAUUUCAUUACGCGAAAAAAAAUCAUGUAUCAAAAAUUCAUUAAUUUUUUAAAUAUUUCAUUUUCACUUUUUUCAUUCAUCAUUUCCUCUAAAAAAAAAUCAUCAUCAUCUUCAUUAAUCGAAAAAAAAAUCAUCAUUCUUUUUUUAUAAGAAAAAAGAAAAUACAUGGGACAAAAAAAGCAACAUCGAAGUAUGAACAAAAAGCAUUUUUUAUCAUCCAUGAAUACAUGUUAUAUUAAUGUUGAAGAACACUUUUUUAAAUUGUAAAGAUUUAGAUUUAGAUGAAAAAAAUAGUGCUAUGUACAAAAUAUCCUUUUUUUACACUGUCAUGCUUUUUGUUUAAAGAUGUUAAUAUGAAAAAAAAUUGUUUUCAUGUUUUUUUUAUGUUUCCUUUUUUUAUGUGAUUGGUUUGAGAAGGUGACAUGAUAAAUUAUUAUUUAUUUAUUAUCAUGGAAGGGCCUAGCCUUUUUUAACAUUAAAAUGCCUCCAGUAACUUUAAAUCUAGCGCAUGUUUCACAUGUUCUUACAAUGCCACAAAAAAUCAACAUCUAAAGUUUGUUAAAUGCCCAGCAUGCAUACGUUUUAAUCUUUGAAAGAAUUUGGAAAAGAAUCUUUGGUCACAAUAUUAUAAUGUGUUUUCAAAAUCUUUAUUUAUAUACUUACUUGGUCAUAUUUCCAAGUGAUAGGACACUGAACAUUCUGCUUGGCUUUAAAGACUGGGGCAUCAGGGCGUGGUUUAACAUGAAGGGGUGCUCUGAAAAAAUCUGGAUUGGUGUGGUUUUAUUUUUAUUUGGCCACGGGCUCUUUAUAUAAAGUAACUAUUAUUUUACUAAAUAUAAGAGUUUAAUGCAUAGGACUAAACUGCAAUUUGCAGAUGAUUUUGGUUUAUAUAUUUUUUCUUUGUGUAUAACUAUAGGUAGAUGUAGUGGUUGUUUGGUUUGACUUUCAGCAUCUGCAUUUCAGAUGGUCGGAACUCAAAUUGGACGUGCUUGCUUGAAAUCCAGAUUUUUCGUGAAACUUGAAUUGUUAAUACCACAACCUCGCAUUCAAAAAUGUGUUCAAUCAUUAAUUAUUUAUAAGAAGAUAAACUCGUUGAAUGUUUCUCUAUGAAUAAAAUGCAUUUUUUUAUUGGUCCAUUUUUUUCGACCAAAUGAUUAUUUCCAAGAGCUUUGAUUCUGUAUUUUUAAUGUAAAUAUACAGUAUUGUACUUCUUGGAGAAUACGGGAAAGUAUAGAGUGCCAUUUCAAUAGGGUGUUUUGACAUGACAUGUGAUAUCUAUAAAUAGAACUUUAUAAAUAGUAACCUAUUUAUAAAUGAAACACUUGAUUUUCACCACGCGAUGAAUAUACAAGGUGUUUUUUUCUGGUAUUUAUUUAAUGUUUUCUUUAAAUAGUGAAUAGGCUACCUCUGAAAUAUGGAAUCCUAGUUUUUCGUAUAUGAUUGGAUAUUUAGUUGUUUCACUUAAAGGGAACAUUUAACAGGACUAUUUUCUACCUCAGUAAUUAAUAUAAUGCAUAGCAGAGCAAAACUUUCAAUCCAUUUUUAUUUCAAUAUUUUUUUUUCUCAUUUAUGAGAAGAUCUAAGUGAAAUUCAAGAAAUUUUGAUCCAUUUUUAUGUUAUUUUUCUUUAAAACAGACAUGUGGGUUUUAAAUUUCUAUUCAAUCUAGUUUUGAUAGUAUUAGAGCUAAUAGCAAUCCAGCUAUGUACAGGGACUGCAAAAAUAGCUUUUCCGUAACAAUUGAACGCUUGUGAAGUCAGUGCAAGUUUUUUUCUGAUGAGGGGUGUUCAAAAUGUUCCUUUGCACUUGCAUAGAGAGGGGAAAAAACAUUUUCAAAGUUCGAUUUUCUUUCUAAAAAAGGGAUCUGUUACAUUUAGUGGUAGCAGUGAUGACAAAUCUUCAGAUAAAGUCGGAAGAUUUCGUGGCUUUUUUGAUGAAAGGAAAUUGUCUUUGUAAACUGAAACCUUAAUUUCUAAACUUGUUACACAAAACUUAGAAUUAUUUUCGUAAGGAGUCUUUCAUGUACCGGACUUUUUUCAAGUAUUUAGAAACUGUGAUAGUACUUUAUCAAUUUUGUUUAUUUUUUUUCAAGCUUUUCUUCCUCAUAACAUUUAUAAAUAUGUAAAUGAAUUUGUGCAAAUGGAAGACAAAAUGGCUACUGUUUCUGAAUGAACAAUUUUGCAUAACUGUAAAAAUGGGCAUAAAAUGACGUUUUUUUAUCCCUUCUGUUUGUUUUUGAAUAAAAUGUUAGUUGAAUACAUGAUGUUUGUUGAUUGAAAAUAAAUAAACUGUUUAUAAAAUUAGCUUUACAAUUCUUUUGGGUUUUUUGUUUCUUUUUUGAAAUUAAAAAAUAAAUGUCCAUAGAGCAAAAAAUAAAAUAAGGUCAUUUUUAGCCCAUUAUUUGAGCUGAGACUACAUGUGUAAUGUUUUUAUGUAUUCAAAGUUCUUGUACAAUAGAUAGAACCUGGAAAAAAUCGCGCUAUUGUGAUAAAUUAUACUUUCUUCAGCACUGAUUUCCGGUUCUUGAAAUUGGAUGUAUGCAUGUAGUCCUGUACGCAAUGUAAAAACGGGCUCCAUGUGGAGGGAUGAAAGGAAUUAUUUAAUUUGUAAAAUAGUGUAUUUAAAACUAAAUGUAUGAAGUAUAUUUACAGUGAAAUGUUAAAAGUGAGAAAGACAUACAAGUUAUUGCAAAGCCUGGCACAUUUCUUUGAAUACCAAUAAAGCACGGAAAGGUGCAUUUCUUAUUUUUACGGAGACUUUUCGGGUAAAUGGUGAAAGAUAUGUGCUGGUGUAGAUUUUCAUAUUUUCAGUUACAAAAAUGUUUAAAAAAAGUUAACUUUGAUUUCUUAAAUAUUUUGUACGGUAUUUUUAUAUGAACAAACAUUACUGUUAAAAGUGCGUUUUUAUGUCGUUAUGUAUAAAUAGACAUCAAAAUGAGGUUUCGAACUUUUCGUGUAAAGGUUAUAUUAUUUUCGUUGAAAUUUGAUUGUAAUGCUAUGCACUUGAAGAAAAAAAUCUGAUGUUAGAAAAUUGCAAAUUAUUGACUGGUGAAAAAUAAAUGUUAUAUUCUCGAUAUGUCGGCUUUUUAAAUGCCUUAUUGAAAGCAAAUAAAAAUAUCCUGAAAAAAAUA